GUUAGCUGGAGUUGACGCAAAGCUGCGCGCCCGACGAGCGGAGACGCCGCAGACCAGAUCCCCACGUUAGCAGCAGCCGCAGCAGCAGCUAUGGCAGACGAAAAGCCAAAGGAGGGAGUCAAGACUGAGAACAAUGAGCACAUCAACCUGAAGGUGGCAGGGCAGGACGGCUCGGUGGUCCAGUUCAAGAUCAAAAGGCAUACCCCUCUUAGCAAAUUGAUGAAGGCGUAUUGUGAACGACAGGGGCUGUCAAUGAGGCAAAUUCGAUUUCGGUUUGAUGGUCAGCCCAUUAAUGAAACGGAUACACCCUCUCAGCUAGAAAUGGAGGACGAAGAUACAAUUGAUGUGUUUCAGCAGCAAACUGGAGGCUUGCUGCUUUGAGGACUGUUUCCUGGAAAAAAGAUCCCUACCUCCUCGUCAUUUUUCUCUUUCGCCCCCUUUUAUUUCCCAAUAUCUUUCCUUUUGUGCGACAUUUGGUUAUGACCGUUCUUAGUGCCAGAAAUGGAGAACUAAAACAAAGAUGGCGGCAGUACGGCCCGAGUCGACGGUUUCUGCAGCAACUGUGUUGACCUGCCACUGUGGUGCGCGGUGUAUGCAGUGGAAAGUACUGAGAAAUCAUGUCUUCCUUCUUCCCGGAGGCUGCGGAAAAAAAGUUCUUCAGUUUUUAUACGUUUGGCACGCUGGUUUUGAUUCACAUAACAUUUUUUAUGUAUACUGACAUCUAUUGUUAUGAAAAUAUGUUGAAAUAAAUUGAAUCCGUUUUUUUAAUACCGUGCAUUUAUUUUUUGGGGGGAGUCAUUGUGAUGGGCCACUGGGGCGUCAUGAAGCAUUACCUCACUUACAGAGAUUUU